AUGGAUGACCUCCGGCGCACCAACUCCAAUGACACUCACUCAGCAUCACCUAGCGCGACCCUUCGCUCGUCUCUUGCUACGACAACCGGCUCCGGCAAAAUCUCCCUACCAUACACAACCGACCCGCCCUCUCCAGCGAACCCGCCACAACAGAAGGUAUGGCUCAUAUUCGGCGCAACAGGACAUAUGGGCCGCUCUGUGACCAAAGCCGCCCUUGGCCACAACGACAUUGUCGCUGCCGUGGGCCAGUCCUUCGUAGAUGACCUAAUGAGUGUAAGGAAAUGGCAUGAUAUCCCCGAACGGUACCUUGGACUGUUGUGUGACGUACGCAUACGCUCUAGUGUGGCCUCGGUCAUCGACCAAACGAUGAAAAAGUUCGGCAGAGUGGACAUCAUCGCCAACUGUUCGGGGUACGGCGUGAUUGGUGCCUGUGAGGACCAGGACGAACAUGAAAUUCGGAACCAAUUCGAAACGAAUUUUAUGGGCACCUUGAACAUCAUCCAACUGUCUUUGCCCUAUUUUCGCAGACGGCAGGACGGAAGAUAUUUGAUAUUCAGCUCCACGAGUGGCGCGCUCGGCGUUCCUGGCCUCGGUCCAUACUGUGCUACGAAGUAUGCUGUGGAAGGACUAGUUGAAAGCAUGCUAUAUGAGGUCGAUCCGUUCAACAUCAAACUCACUCUCGUUGAACCGAGCCACUUGCGUCGCGACGACAUCGAUAUCUUUCCCCCUCCACAACAAGAUCCUCCCAGGGCAAUAACAACGACAACCGACGGGGGAGGGCAGCAGCAGCAGCAGCAGCAGCAACAACAGCAACAAAACCAAACGCAAAACAAACUCGCCCUCUUCGGCCAUUUCAAAGUGGCGCGCCCUUCUUCGCCGUACGCCACGAAAGACGCGCCUGCCGCCCACGCCCAGCGGACCCUGCAAUGGAUGGGCGCCAACCAGCCGACCUCAGUGGUCAAGGCCGCUGAACUGGUCUGGCAGCUCGGCCACUGCCGGUAUCCGCCGCUGCGCCUCCUGCUGGGAACUUUCGCGAUAGAGAGCAUCCGCGACCGGCUGAAGAGCGUCAUCGAGGAGAUCGAGGACUGGAAGCAUCUGAGUUUCCCCCCACUCGAGGGCUUUGAGGAGAAAGAGGACGGCGACGAGAAAGACGAAGGAGAGGGAGAAGGAGAUGGCGAUGGCGAUGGAGAUGGUGACGGCGACUGUGAAGAGCGUGACGAACGUGACGAACGUGACGAACGUGACGAACACGACGGACAUGAUGAUCAUGGCAGAGCUGAAGGAGAUAUCGAACGAAUGCGCGACGACGAUCAUCCUGAAAGGGUCAAAAAGAGGUCUAGUCGGAACGACGAUCCGGCUGUAGAGAACCUGGAGGGGCAAGGAGGACGAAGAAAAGCAGACGAAGAAGGGGCACGGGCAGGAGGAGGACGGGUUCAGAUAAAGUUGGAGAGUGAGAUGGACACUGACGAUUGA